CUGUGCAGAGCUGUGUCCCUGACAGAACAGCGGUUUCCGUUAGGAGGAAAUGAUGGAGAAGGAAAGUUUCUGACGCCUCUCCGUACUUUCGGGACUGUCCGCAGGAAAACUGGAGAUCAUGUAGGCGAUCGUUUUGCUCGGUUCGCUUGUCCUCAUCAUAACGACAGUAAGUCUGAACAAUCUGUAUGGAUUUGGGAUUAAUAGGGUCUUCAACUCUGAAAUGUCUCAGGAUUGGAAAUGCAGCUCCACGUCUGUCUGUUGCUUUUUAUUAUCACAACAGAUAAAACAUUGGCCUUGUCGCACCACCACUGUGGUGGAAAAAUCAGCUUUGACCAAGAGCCUGCUGGUCACAUUAAUCUCACCUUACCUGGACUUUUUACUGAUCCCAACAGACUCAACCCCACAAACCACCCAUCUGACAAAACCCUGCCUGCUUCUGUUUGCACUUGGAUGUUAGAUAUUCCUCUGGGUCGGACGGUACUUUUAAAGUUAAUAUGGUUGGAAAGUGGUUCAAACAUAUCAGUGCGCUGUGUUUGGAACGAGGAAAAGCAGCUCCUGGCGAGCGGGGGUACAGCUCUGCUCUCCGACUGUGAUACAAACAAAGCCACCAUCUCUUGGACAGGAGCAGGAUACUCUUCAAAUGUAAUUCAAGUGUCCUAUUAUGUCCAGGAAGAUAAGAAGAAUUCCUCGGAGGACCACACCAGCCCACAUUCAGACCAAAACCUCUUACGAUGGUCUCAGACAGGAAGCAGCUUUAUGAGCCCAGCUCCUGUCGGUCAAGAGGUGGUGAGGGGGACAGAAGGGGGCAGAGGUCGCCUCUUUGAAGGUCGGGAGUGGAAUUCUGCGCCUCCGUCUGCGUCUAGUACCUCCUCUCAGGACCAAGGGCUGCUGCACCGCACCUCACCCCUGCAGGGACUCACUGUGGCUGGUAGAGCCGAUAGGGAAACUCACCCUCUUCCUGAGGAAGAACCAAACAAUAGAGCGGAUACAUCUGUAGCUGCUCACCUCACUGAUGGCCCCAUGUCUGCCAGAGAGCGAACACACCCCUAUUUUCAGCCUACACGCAGUACAGACACACUGUUUCACACAUCACACACAACAAACACAGAAACAAACUCUUACAAAACUCAAACUCUCCCCCAAACCCAAAUGGCAGUGAUACAUGCAUCAGCCAGUACUUCCAACACUUUGCAUGGCACAGAAAUACACAAACAAACAAACACUGCAACCACACAAGCUCCCCUUACUGUGUCCAGCUCAAGCAUCCCACCUCUCACCUCUUCUCCCCCUGAGCCACCUCUCACCUCUUCUCCCCCUGAGCCACAUUCCUGGACACCCUGGGUGAGGAGAGCUGUUAGUGGGGCACCUGGAGAGAAACUACCACAUUCCUGGAGGAGCCAGCGAAGCACAGACAGACUUGACUCUGAUUUGACUUCCACCGUCACCUCUGACCCUUUAAAAUCUCCCACCGAACCUCACCAGGACAACUCAAGCUGGCCCCAGCAGUACUCAGUCAUCCACCACCCACAUCACAGGGCUCGACACUGCUGUUGA